AGGCUAGCCAUCUUUAGCUAGCUAGCUAGGCUAGCCAUCUUUAGCUAGCUAGCUAAAGAUGGCUAGCUUUGGCGAGCUCUAGCUAGGCUAGCCAUCCUUAGCUAGCUAGCUAGCCUAGACGGAGGGAAGAGGAUGAACUUUGUCAAUAAACCAACCAAAACAUGUCAGCGGGAUUUUAUGCGCUAUGGAUAAAGAAUACUUCAUCCGAAUUGGAGAAAAUGAAAAAAGGGAUUCGGCGUCAAGUAACCCAUGGACGGUAUCCAUGACGACGUCAUCUAUGUAUCUUGCGACUAUGACGUGUCAAACUACUCUACCUGGAACACGAGCAACGCCUCGUGCCCCGACGACGGGGAUUCCAUCUUCUGCGAGGCCGGCGAUCAGGAGGACGCCAUCAAGACGUUCCAGGUCUGCGUCUUCGCCCUGAUCUUCCUGCUGGGCGUGAGCGGGAACGGCCUGGUCAUCGCCACCUUCGCCCUCUACCGCCGCCUCCGCCUGCGCUCCGUCACCGACGUCUUCCUCUUCCACCUGGCGCUGGCAGACCUCCUGCUGCUCCUCACGCUCCCGCUGCAGGCCGCCGACACGCUGGGCUGGACCCCCCCGCUGGGCUUUUCCCGCGCCGCCCGCGCCUGCUACGCCCUCAACACCUACAGCGGCCUGCUGCUGCUGGCCUGCAUCAGCGUGGACCGCUACCUGGUGGUAGCCCGCGCCCAGGAGAUGCUUCAUCUGCGCCGGCGCAUGCUGGCGGGCGGGAGGGCGGCGGCGGCCGCGGUGUGGCUGGCGGCGGCGCUGCUCAGCCUCCCCGUGGUCCUCUACUCCAGGCCGGCGUGGCACGACAGUGAGGCCUACUGCGGCCUGGUGAAAUGCCAACAGGUCAAAAUGGCCACCAACGGCGCCGUCAUCGCUGUGUUUUGCCUCUCCCUCGCCGUCAUGGCGACGUGCUACUCGCUGAUAGCCUGUGUGCUGUCGGAGGGGGGCGGCCCGCGCCGCGUGAAGCAGUGGCACCGGCAGCGCACCCUGAAGCUCAUGGUGGGCCUGGUGCUGGUGUUCCUGGCGUUCCAGCUGCCCUACACGGUGGUGCUGUCGCGCAAGAUGGCAGGAAACGUCUGCGAGCUGAUGCUCGAGUACGUCACCUGCACGCUGGCGUACGCCCGCUGCGGCCUCAACCCGGUCCUCUACGCGCUGGUGGGCGUGCGCUUCCGCAGCGACGUGGCGAGGCUCCUCCGCGACUCGGGCUGCGGCCGUGUCCUCCGGCUGGGCCCGCAGAGCCUCGCCACCAACUCCAUCUCCCUCUCCUCCCCCGCCGCCGUCCCUCAGCCGCGGGGAGGACUCCGGCAACAAGGCGCCGCCUCCACUCAAAUUUCAUUUUCCGAGAAUCGAAUAAUCCUUCAUUAAUGUUCAGCUCCAGUGGAUUACCAUGACGUGAAAUGUUUUAUGUUAAUCUGAUCUGUGAAUAUUGAACUAACAUUGAAAAAGUUCUCGUAACGUUUUGUUUUCUUUAUACACUUUUUUUAUCUGUAUGUUAAAUUAAUUUUGCAACAUAAUGAAUUAACAGUAAGAUUUAAGAUCUGUUUUAUUCCUGCAGAAUUUUCUUAUUAAAAUAGUAAAAUCUUGUCGUGCAUUUUAAAUUCUCUCAGUUAACAUUUGGUUCGUGUUUUUCAGUCAUCAGGUGACAAGAAGCAGAUGUUAUAGAUUUCUGUGAAUCGUGUGCAGCCAUUUAAGACUUUAUUCCUACUUAAUCCUCAGAUUUUUCACUUUUUAGAGGAGAACUUGAUACUUUUGAAACUUUUUACCUUUUUUGUUACCUUUUUAUAAACUGACUUUCUUCUGCUCUCGGAAUUGAAGUUUUCUUUUUUUCUCUGUGACUGGAUCAAAAAUAUGUUAUAUAUUUAAUAUUUUAUUAUACUGAAUAUUUUCGUUAUAGCAAGACUUGUGUUGUCAAAGUGUGUUUAACAACGGUGUAUUCUCCACGCUUUUGUUUAAAUUGUAAUGCUUCACAAAACAAUUAACAUUUUUAAUUUAAAGACGACGUUAAAAAGAAUACAGAAUAGUAUUUUGAAAUUCAGAAAUGGUCGAUUAAAGGAGGCAGCAAACAAAAGUCUUGAAUCG